UUCGUGUGCACCGCAAAACAUGGCUCAACAUAACGAUCAAAAAUCUCUCCUGUCGAGCAGCGACAGCGCGAUCAAUUGUCAGCCCAUGGCCGUCACCUCCUCUCGCAUGCCCUUCACAGGCAAUGAUUUCACCACCCUGGAAUCCCGCGAGACUUUUGAUGCGCUCCCCCGCACCCACAAGAGCCACCGUGCCGCCAGUGCUGCGAUUCUGUCAGCCAGUGAAAGCGCUCGAGCCAGUGCCAAGAGCAGCCACCACACCUUGCUGCAACAAAUCAACCACAAUCAGUUCCUCGCCGGCCUAUUUUACGAGGGGGAGAAACCCACCACGGAAUACUUUCUCGAUUAUGAAGAAGUUCGCAUUGUCAACCCAGAGCGCCCCGAGGAGCCAGCCCAAAGCCUGCCACCCGGAAAGGUGCUGCUGACCAACAAGCGUCUGCUGUUCCUCUCCUGCUCGCUCGUGGAGCAAAACACGGUCAUUGCCGUGGGUGAAGGCAAAUCCCCACACUCCUAUGCCAUUCGUUCAUCUGUUCAAGACGUGCGCCACUUUUGGCCUUUGGAACUGAAGGAUGUCUACUUUUUGCGUCUGAACGUUGACGUGGGCACGUCGACCGAUCUGAUCGUGCGCUCCUCGCCGCCGCCCUGCUUCGGCUGCCUGCCAUGCUGCUGUCUCAAGGCAUGGUCGCAAGACGGCCAACCCAUCUCCAGCGCGCGCAACAGCCAGUUCAUUGAGCUGGUUGCCACGAACUGGAUCCUGGGUGGACGUCGCCGUCUGACCUUUGACUUUCAUCAGCAGACUCCCUUUCACCUGCUCCGCGACUUUACAGUCCAGCUCCAGGCUACGCUCCAGGAGUGCCGAUCGGACAACUGAGGCGCACCAAUGGAUGGAUGCAUCCGAAUAUAAAUUGGAUGGCACAGGCGUUAUAGGCCAAAAAAAUCGUCGUUGGCAGAUUCAAGCUAAAACCAAGCCCAACAGCCAAAAUAUUAGAAACCCUUUUCGUUUGCGUUUGUUUAAUGUUGCAAAUUCAUGCUUG